CUGGCACACUCUUUCUGCUACGUUAUUUCCAAUUUUACCAACCCUGUGGUCGUAGACAUUAUCGAGGAAAUGUAAUCUCGAACCGCGAUCACUCGAAACGGGCCAGAAAGGCUCCAUUCACCGAAAAUUAUGGAACCUGCAAGGCGGGGCAUUUGUUUCUCACAAGUCUAACAGAUCAACUCAAAACUUUGAUCCUAAUUUUGGAACUGUAUCGCAUUCAACUGUUGUUUUCUCGAGUGUGAAUGUUACGAAAAAUUGAAAAACAACUUUGGCAGUCAGGCAACUGAAAAUGAAUCUCCUAUCACUAUCAGAGGUGGUACUGAUAUCUAUCUUACUGGGAAACUGUUGCCAGCCACUACUAGGUGGUGGAGUCAAAGUGACACUGUUGACUCGUCGAGUCAAACUGGGCAAUCGACUCGAAAUAGAAUGCCGUGCUGAGCCGGGAGAAAGAGCUGGGCUGCCCGUGGUUUUAUCUUGGCGAUGGAUAUCCAACGGUGCAUUAGUUGAACUCGACCACAAUCGCCUCCCACCAGGAGCCGAAAAGAUAUUGAAUAUAACAAACCGUUUUCAGGAUAUCGGUUUCACUUUCAUUGCGUCUGUCGUCAGUCGCAUCCGGUGGACUGCAGUCCCGAAAGAAGCUUCGGGCAUCUACCAGUGUCGAGAUUCGAACGAUGUCAGCCAGUCAACAAGCAACGCCACCUUGAUCGUAGCCAAUUCGAGCCAACACGACGAUGGGCGAUUUCACGGACGGAUUCAGGAUCAGGAAAAUAAAAUUCACAUUUUCCAAAGUGGAUCGACUUUCAAUUUGACGUGCCUUACUAGUGUCGGUCAAGUUGAAUGGCUGGGACCUCAAUCAGUGGAGGAUGAUGAGUACUAUUUCCGAGAAAAAGAGAUCCCUCUGAGAUUUCGAUGGUCUAAAAAAACAAAAUUCAAGGGGUCUAUUUCUAUCCUGAUUGUUCAGAACGCAAGUUAUUUGGAUACGGGCUAUUACACCUGCUACAAUAAAAAUAACUUUAACGUCAUCGACCGUCAAUUUGUUUACGUCGAAGAUCCCCAACAUCUAAUUCUUCCACCGGUCAUGCAGCCGGUGGGUCAAUAUCGAAACUUACGAGUCAUUGGCUAUUAUUCGGAAUCCGAUGUCCAGGUUGGCUGUGGUCCGACUCAUCCAUCCGUUCGAGUUAUCCUAAAAAAAUUAGACAACGAAAUCAAAGCAAUUGCAUCCUCAGAAGAACCGGAUGGUCUAAACAACGACUGGAGUUUCAAUCCAUUUGAAGGAUUCAAAAUCAACAUGGUCUAUUCUUGGGAGAUGAUGGGUCAAUACCAGUGCGAGGCCACACGGUCUAAUUCGAGCAAGAAGAGUGUCCCUACUAAAUUCAAAAUUGAAAUUCAUGGAUUGCAAGUACAGAGCAAUUUCGAUCCUUUCACUCCGAUCGUCGAAGGAGAUCAAAUCACUUUGACGUGUCGCAGUAAAAACAAAGACGUGAUGGACCUAGCCUGGCGAUGGCUGCCUGCUGUUCCACAGCCUUACCAAACUAUUCCAUUCAUGGAAAUCAACACUACUCGUCUCCCAGCAGACGGGAAAGGCUAUUUGCUGCCGUUCGAGAACGAAACCAGCGAUCAGGAUUACGCACCGCCUUUGGGAAUGUUCCAGGUGCACCGACUGAAAUGGACCAAUUUUCCAGUGGAAGCUAAUGGCAUUUAUCAGUGCUACGACGCUAAUAAUUUAAAUAUUCCAGUCAGCAACAUUACAGUCAAUGUCGCUGGUUCAAAGGCUCCAGUAAUAAUCGAUUCAGAAGAUGAAGAAAUUGACGUUUAUCCAGGAAACGAAUUUUCACUGGAAUGCAGCGACAAUUCAGCAUUUCCAAAGCCCAAAAUCAAGUGGUUUAUGAGAAUUAGGAAAAAACCGGUCGAAGAAAUCCUGGACGACGGACGGACCAAGUACCAUGACAUCAAUACGACGGAUGAUGGGCUCAACAGUAUCCUCACUGUUUCCUACGCCAGCACCGACACCACGUACUGUUGUCGAUUCACCAACUUCAAAGGAUCGGCAGAAAAGUGUUUUAAAGUCAUGAUCCACGGAGUGGGAACCGGAAUCAUUGCUGCCGUUGCAGUGGCGUCCUUUGUCGUCGUUGCCAUUAUUCUACUGGCCAUUUUCCUCAAACGCUACUACAAACAAAAAGUAAAGCAAAUGCAUCAAGAAUUGAUUAUUAAUCGUUUAAAGCUCUUGGAUGGCAAUCUGGAAAGAAUUAAUCCUAACUUGCCUAUGGAAGACCAAGUGGACCUUCUGCCUUACGACAAUAAAUACGAAUUUCCCGCCAGUAAUUUGGUUCUGGGGAAACAACUGGGCGCUGGACAGUUUGGUCGUGUCGUUCAAGCUAAAGCCGUGGGAAUGGGCCAGGGGAAUAGCAAAGUCGCUGUGAAAAUGGUCAAGUCUGCGCUGGACAACACUGGGCUGUCGUCACUGGCGUCUGAGCUGAAGAUCCUGAUUCAUUUGGGCUCACAUUUGAACGUCGUGAGUCUUUUGGGAGCCUGCACAAAAAACCUCAUCCAGGGCGAUCUGAUGGUCAUCGUGGAAUUUUGCGCUUAUGGAAACUUGCAGGACUUUCUGAUGACCAAUCGUAGUCAUUUCAUAAACGAACUCGAUGCAAACGGCGAUACUUCAUCUUUCUGUCAACACAAAGCUGAUCAUAAACUGGCGCCUCAAUUGGUUCAAAAUAUUCCCACCAUGAAAUUCGCCUCAUUGGAUAAAAGCGCUGUCAAAUCGACACCAAUUGAAGCUGCCGAUAGUGAUUGCAAUCCCCGAUAUUGGUCGCCCAACUGCAGCAAGAAGGAGGAGCCUCGCAGUCCCAUCGUCUGCACUCGCGACUUGAUUGAAUGGUCCUACCAAAUCGCCUGCGGAAUGAACUACUUGACUAAACGAAAGGUGUUGCACGGAGAUUUGGCGGCACGAAAUGUUCUGUUGGCUGAUGACAACAUUGUAAAAAUCGCCGAUUUCGGAUUGUCACGCAAAGUCUACAAGAAUUGCAACUACCAGAAACAAGGACAAGAAGCUCUACCUGUCAAGUGGAUGGCCAUUGAAUCGCUGAUCGACCGAGUCUUUUCUUCCCAGUCGGAUGUUUGGUCUUUCGGCGUUACCAUUUGGGAACUGUUUUCACUCAGCAAACAACCCUACCCAGAGGUGAAUGAACUAGCGGAUUUGAUCCGCAUUUUGCAAAAUGGCAGACGGAUGGAGAGACCGGAAUUGAUGCCCAGAGCCAUUGGUGAUGUCAUGGAGGAUUGCUGGAAGCACAACCAGGAAGAGAGAGCGACAUUCGCUCGAUUGGAACACAUUUUGGGCGAGAUGAUCGAUCCACUCAUCCGCCAACGUUUCGCCGGCGAGGAAGUGAUGACAGAACAAAAGAAAUACAUGAAAAUGAACACAAAAAUUGGUUCAAAUAAUCCCGAGGCUCAAUCCGAAUAUGAAACGAUGACCACCAAUGAAAAUCGACAGGUGAUUUCGGUAUUAAAUGCUUCCUCCUUAUCGCAGCGUCCAAAUGUUCCUCCCAAAUUGUACCCGCACUUAGGUGUGACGAAUUACAUCAACACCUGCACGGAAAUCAACACCCCUCCGCAAACGCCCAUGAGCUACACGAAUCUCAGAAAACAUAUGUCUGUGACAUUUAAAAAGAGCCUGGCAGACACCUCGACAACGACGCAAGGUUACCUAGCCGUGUUACCUGCCACACCAGUUUGAAAAUGUCUUUCGCACCCAUUCCCGCAAAUAAGAUUCGUCCUCCAAUCCACUUUUGCGUUUCCCAGUUUAAAUGUGCACCACACUGCCCUUACGUAUAGAAUUGGAAGAACAUUGCACCAACAAAACAUCAGGAUCUUUGAAUAAAUAAAAAUAUGUUUCACCUUCUCCAA